AUGAGCAAAGUUAAUAAAGCAGAGAACUAUAGUUGUUUUCCAGAAGGAGUAUAUGGUCCUAUUUAUUCCUCUAGUUCUCCAGAAAAAUAUGUGCUUUCAUGUGUUGCUAGUUCUACAGAAGACAAAUAUGUAUCUAACGUUUCUGGUUCUUUGGCAGAAGAAUAUGCGUUUAUUGGUGCUGGUUCUUCAGAAGAAGAAUAUGUGUUUAAUAUAGCUGGUUCUCCAGUAAGAGAAUAUGUGCUUAACUUAGCUAGUUCUCUAGUAGGAGAAUAUGUGUCUAAUGUCGCUGAAGGAGAAUAUAUAUCUAAUAUUGCUAGUUCUUUAGAAGAAGACAUGUCUGUUGUCACGAGUUUUUUAGAAGAAUAUGUGUUUACUGCUGCCAGUUCUUCAGAAUACGUGUCUGUUACUGUUGAAGGAGAAUAUGUGUCUUCUAUCACUGGUUUCCCAGAUAAAAAAUAUGUGUCUAAUGCUUCUGGUCUACUAGAAGAAUCCUUACCAUCCUCUAUGAUAGAAACAG